UAAGAGAAGAAGAAGAGGCAAUGCUAACCAAGAAUCUCCCUGAGGACCUCAUCAUGGCUAUACUUUCAAGGCUUCCGGUCAAGCCUCUUUUAAGGUUUAGGUGCGUAUGCAAACCGUGGUGUGCUCUAAUAACUGAUACUGAUUUUGUCAAAAUGCACCUCAGUCGAUCCCUUGCAACCAAUACCAACCUCAUCCUCAUUUUAACGGGAGACCCAAAAUUCUUGUAUGUGGACUUAAAUGUUUGCAAACAAGAAGCGGCGGAAGUACUUGAUGCGGCGGUAGAACUGAAUUGCCCGUUCGAGUUUCCAAUAGGAUUCCUUAUAUUGGCUUCCUGUAACGGCUUACUAUGUAUGUUCGACGACGACGGCGUAGCCUCUGAUUACCGAAAAGAAGUGUACGACACAUUCCUUUGGAAUCCAUCUACAAGAACGCAUAAGAAGCUGCCCUUUACGCCUAUAGAGUUUCCCAACAAUUCCUGCUUUGCCCAUUUCACUGCUUAUGGGUUCGGUUACGACCCUACCACCGACGAUUACAAGGUGAUAAGGGUUUCACAGUUCUAUCCUGAGAGUGGUCUCUUUGAUGACAGUAAGUACAUUGUCUCAGAGGUGAAGGUCUACUCUCUCAGCACCAACUCAUGGAGAAGAGUAGAGGGCAUUCCCUUCCUUAGCAUCGAACACAGACUUGGGAUUUUUACUAAUUCUGCCUUUCAUUGGGUUGCAAAGCGCAAGACGGGAGUCAUGGGACCUAACACUGCCCCCAAUGUGAUUGUUUCCAUUGACGUUAAAGAUGAUGUGUAUCGAGAGGUGCCACUGCCCCAUUUUGUGGACAAUAAGUUUAACAUGGCCGUCGGGGUUCUAGGAGGACAACUUUGCAUGCUCUGUAACUUCUCCAGGGUCCAUGUCGAGCUGUGGGUGAUGAAAGAUUAUGGCGUGAGGGACUCUUGGGAGAAACAGUUCUCGAUCGAACAACGAACGGUGUUAGGGUAUUUUGAUGAGUACAUCAGGCCUAUAUGCUAUUCAAAGAAGGGUGAAGUUCUACUCGAGACAAGUCCAGGGGUGGAGAAGCGUUUAGGCAUGCUGGUGCUUUAUGAUCCCCAUAAUGGAAGGGCUAGUAAUCUUACACGUCGUGGCAACUGGCAAAUAGUAAGCAUUGGGAGUCUCAUUUCACUUGAUGUCAAAGAUGGAGCUGAAUAA